AUGAGCAACUCAAACUUCCUAGAUAAAGCAAUCGCGUUGGUUCAGAAAGCGAUAGAUGAAGAUGUCAAGCAGAAUUAUGCAGAGGCAUAUAAGCAAUAUCAGGAUGCGUUGGAUUACUUCAUGAUGGCCAUGAAAUAUGAGAAGAACGACAAGUUGAAAGAGUUGAUCAGAAAGAAGUUUACUGAAUAUCUUGAUCGAGCGGAAAAGUUGAAGGAGCAUAUAGCUAAAUCAGAAGAGAAACGUACGAAAGCAAAAGUGGGAGUGAAUGGAGGAGGUGGAUCAGCAGCUGGUGGACCGGAUGUCAAAGGGGAUGGUGGGGGUGGUGGUGGUGGUAAUGAAGGAGAUGAUCCUGAAAUCAAGAAACUAAGACAAGGAUUACAAGGUGCCAUUUUAUCUGAAUCGCCAAAUGUACAAUGGGAUGAUGUGGCUGGAUUAGCUCAAGCUAAAGAAGCUUUAAAAGAAGCUGUCAUAUUACCCAUAAAAUUCCCACAACUCUUCACGGGUAAAAGAACCCCUUGGAGAGGUAUCUUACUUUACGGACCCCCAGGAACAGGUAAAAGUUUCUUGGCAAAAGCUGUAGCAACAGAAGCGAAAAGUACUUUCUUUAGUGUAUCAAGUAGUGAUUUGGUAUCAAAAUGGAUGGGUGAAUCUGAAAGACUUGUGAAGCAACUCUUCCAGAUGGCAAGAGAACAAAAACCAGCAAUUAUCUUCGUUGAUGAGAUUGAUUCGUUGACGGGUACAAGAGGAGAAGGAGAAUCGGAAGCUUCAAGGCGGAUCAAAACAGAAUUCCUGGUACAGAUGAAUGGUGUAGGAAAUGAAGAAACAGGUGUAUUAGUCUUAGGAGCAACGAAUAUCCCAUGGCAGUUAGAUCCUGCCAUCAAACGAAGAUUCGAAAAACGUAUCUAUAUUCCACUUCCUGAUGUGCAAGCAAGACGACGGAUGUUUGAACUGAAUGUUGGCACCACACCGCAUGGGUUGACGCCUAAAGAUUUUAUGACUCUUGCUGAACACACGGACGGCUACUCAGGAAGUGAUAUUGCGGUGAUUGUCAGAGACGCUUUAAUGCAACCUGUCAGAAAAGUAUUAUCUGCGACACAUUUCAAAGAGGUUGAAUCCGAUGGUAAAAUGAAACUCACGCCUUGCUCUCCUGGAGAUCCGGCUGCUGUAGAGAAGGGCUGGACUGAUGUGAACUCGGAAGAGCUACUAGAACCUUUAUUGAGUGUAAAAGAUUUCGAGAAAGCCAUCAGUGUAAAUAGACCUACAGUCACACAAGCGGAUAUCACAAAACACAUCGAAUUCACAAAUGAAGCUGGUGGUGAAGGAGCGUGA